AUGGACAGUACACGAGAGCUGUCCAAGUUGGAUUGUCGUGUCAGGAACUUUCUGGAGUUGAAGAGUAUCUCUCAGAGAUCGGAGACACAGAGAGGAAGUUCUGGGAGCAGGAAGACAGCUGAGCACAUGGAGAAAUCCUGCAGUGUUCUCUCUGAGGAAGAUCCUGAGGAUAACGUGCCCUGUGUUCUGGUGAAGCACUACCAGUUUUGUGGCUAUGACUUGGAGAUCACUCGGUACUUCAAUGAAAGGAUGGGGGUCUCAGCUUUCGUCUGGAAUUCUGGCCUCACACUUUGCCAGUUCUUCGAGCAGGAGAGGAUGAAUUUCUCUGGGAAGAAGAUGAUUGAGUUAGGAUCUGGCACUGGGAUCGUGGGAAUUCUGGCAAUUUUGUUGGGUGGGCAGGUAACCCUGACCGAUCAGAUCCAAGCUUUGAAGCAAAUUGAGCACAACGUUUCAGUCAAUGUACCCGAUUCCUGCAGACACCUUCCAACGAUCAGAGCUCUUUCCUGGGGCUUUGACCACGUGCACUUCCCCAGUGACUACGACAUAAUCCUGGGUUCGGACAUUGUGUAUUAUCCGUCAGAUUUCCCCCUGCUGUUGCAGACAUUGCGACACCUCAGCAACCAGCAAACGAUCAUCUACAUCGCGACAGAGUUAAGGGGCUGCGGUGCAACUCGUAAAUUCCACGAGGAGCUCAUCCCGCUAUAUUUCAACUCCCGCAUUAUUUACAGAAACAAGGAUGCUGACAUCAAUCUGUACAAAUUAACACUGAAGGGCCCCAAAACAGGAGAGGAGAAAGAGACAGGCAAAAAAAUUACUGUCUAA